AUGAAACCUAAUAUCACUAUGUAGGUUUUUUACUUACUGAAGUAUUAUUUAUACUAUUUUAGAAUAAAAAUGCAAUCAGAAUAAUAUAAAAUUGCAACAAUCUUUGGAGGAAAUAUACUAAUAUCUCAAGUACUUUUAGAAUCUAUAAUUAUUGUUGGAAGAAUAAUCAUUUAUAGAUUUAUAGCCACAAGUUUGAAAAAUAUGGAUCUUAAUCCACUAUAUUAUUUUAUGCAUUUUUUUGUAAUGCAUAGCAGUUUAGAAGAAAUAUUUGAAGAUUACGUAAGGAUUUGA